UUUCUUCCAUCCAGAUCAAUCAACUUUGAACAAACGCAAAGAUGACUUUCGGAACUCUCUACACCUACCCGGUAUGUAUACACAUUUACUGACGUCUACAAUAAACUCCACAGAUCAAUCCUUCAGUGGAACUUCAGCUAAUCGUGCUUUUUUAAUAGGGUAACCCCCGCUCAACUGCUAUUCGUGCAGUUGCAAAGGCAAACAACAUCGAGCUCGAUGUCGUCGAGACUGAGCCAUCCAAGGGUGUCUCUGAGGACUACCUCAAGAUCAACAAGCUCGGCAAAGUUCCAACCUUCGUCGGUGCCGAUGGUUUCACCCUCCACGAGGCUAUUGCCAUCGCCAUCUACGGUAUGUUUACAUCCCACUUCACCCCACUUCGUUUAGCCCAAAUUUGCAGCAACACUACCUAUUAUAUAUACCUUUGUGUCAUGAUGAAAAAAAGUCAUUCAGUUAUCCCUGUCUUAAUCAUUCUAUGUUGAUCUUUAUUAAUUAGACUCUGAACACUCUCUUUAAAAUCUAAAUAGCACUUUAUUUGGUUUUGUCAAGUCAAUAGCUUACGAAGUUUUAUAGUCACCUCCCAAAACGAGAAGACUACCCUCCUCGGUAAGACCAAGCAAGACUAUGCUUCUAUCUUGAAGUGGAUGUCCUUCUUCAACACUGAGGUCCUCACAUCCCUUGGUGGUUGGUUCCGCCCUCUCUUGGGUCGGGACCCAUACAACAAGAAGAACGUCGACGAUGCCAUCAAGGCCACUGCCAAGUGCGUCUCUGUCGUCGAGGAGCACCUCUUGAACAACACCUACCUCGCUGGUGAGCGUAUCACUCUUGCCGAUUUGUUCGCUGCUGGUAUCGUCUCCCGUGGCUUCCAAUUCUUCUUCGACAAGAAGUGGCGCGCUGAGAACCCCAACAUUACCCGUUGGUAUACUACCGUCUACAACCAACCAAUCUACUCCGCUGUUGUCGACCCUCUCGCUUUGAUCGAUGAACCAGUCCUCAAGAACCAAGCACCAAAGAAGGCUGAGGCACCAAAAGCCGAGAAGCCAAAGAAGGAGGCCGCUAAGCCAAAGGCCAAGGAGGUCGAGGAGGAGGAAGAAGAGGCCCCAGCUGCACCAAAGGCAAAGCACCCUCUCGAGGCAUUGCCAAAGUCUACCAUUCCUCUCGAUGAGUGGAAGCGCCAAUACUCCAACUCCGAGACACCUGAUGCUCUUAAGUGGUUCUGGGAGAACUACAACGCAGAGGAGUACUCCUUGUGGGCUGUUGACUACAAGUACAACGAAGAGCUUACCCAAGUUUUCAUGACUUCCAACUUGAUUGGUGGUUUCUUCGCUCGUCUUGAGGGCUCCCGCAAGUACAUCUUUGGAUGUGCUUCAGUCUACGGUACCGCCAACGACAGCAUCAUCAAGGGUGCCUUCGUCAUCCGUGGCCAAGAAGCUCUCCCAGCUUUCGAUGUCGCCCCAGACUAUGAGAGCUAUGAGUUCACCAAGCUUGAUGCCUCCAAGCCAGAGGACAGAGAGUUCGUCAAUGAGCAAUGGACAUGGGAGAAGCCACUUGUCGUUAACGGCAAGGAGUACCCAUGGGCCGAUGGAAAGGUCUUCAAGUAAAUUAUUACUUUUAGAUGUUUUAUUUUCACAAUGAUUUUAGCGCUGAAUAGGGUUAACGUGUAAUGAACAAUCAUGACAUGUGGGAGGAUUACGAAUACGAAUCAUGGAGAUCGUCAUUGGUAUUUUUAGCGUUUCUGCAGAUGCAAUCUAAGCUGAUUAUCAUGCC